GACCACACAAAUUUGAAAGUUAUAACUAUUGUUGUGGUCAAGUGUAGAAUUUUCCCAUCGUACUAAAUGCGCCUGCGCUACUCACCCCGAAACGGCAUUACCAACGUUUUCACCACGAGAGACGACAAACGACAAACAGUUCGGGAUAAGUCUUCUUAUCUCUUACAAGUCUUGCAUUUUAUGUGUCUUGUAUACGUCUAUAGAAAUAUAUAUAUAUCAGUGAAAUGCAGUGCUAGUUUUAUUAACGCACAAAUUCGUCAGCAUAUUUUGGUCCUUCGAGUCGGAUCAAAGUAGAUAGUACCCCGGUUUUCAUCGAAGAUUUCUCCGCAAAUUAGAACAAAUUGGCUUCAUACUUGUUCGUUCUAAGGUGAACAUGGAUAAUGAAUGAUAAAUGUUCCUAAUUGAUCAAGUUCAAAUAACAUCGUUAGCAAAAAUAUUGCAGUGUUAGUGAGGUUAAGAUCAUAAUUGGGGGCUUCUUUACACGGAAAUUGCUAUGUUUGCUGUUACGGAUCGUGGGUCUUCUCAAACUAUAGCUCGACAGCAAGUUACCAGCUGGUUUAGUCCCGAUUGGUUAACAUGGAAUAAAUACUCAGAGGGCAUGUUGAGAACAUUGGAGAAAAAAAUUCUGCAAAUUGUAAAAACCGCUUAUCGAGGGUGGUAUGUUGACAUAGGACCGGUAGUAGGGCCUGCGGAUAAAAUUUGGACAAUAUCUUUUAACACUGAUUCCCCAAAUACGCCAUUAGUUCUCUUACAUGGUUUGGGAGCUGGAGUAGCACUAUGGUGUUUGAAUCUUGAUGCAUUUGCCGCCAGUCGACCAGUAUAUGCAUUUGACUUGUUGGGUUUCGGUCGCUCUACACGACCCCAGUUUAGUAAUGAUGCUACGGAAGCUGAGCAACAAAUGGUAAAAUCGAUUGAAGAAUGGCGAAGGGAAAUGAAACUGGAAAGUUUUGUAUUACUGGGACAUAGCAUGGGAGGAUUUCUUGCCGCCGCAUAUGCUCUUUCAUAUCCAGAUCAUGUGAAACACUUAGUUUUGGCCGACCCAUGGGGAUUCCCAGAAAAACCACCAGAAUUUAAAGAAUUGCCGCUCUGGAUUCGAACUCUAUCUUACAUGCUUCAACCUUUUAAUCCUUUAACUGGAAUUAGAGUUGCAGGCCCUCUAGGACCAUGGAUUAUCAAUACUUUAAGAUCAGAUAUUACGAAAAAAUAUGCCGCUGCUCUAGAGCAACAAGAACUUAUCCCGCAGUACAUCUAUCAGUGUAAUUCCCAGACACCUAGCGGUGAAAGUGCUUUUCAUGCUAUGAUGUCGGGUUUUGGCUGGGCAAAAAAUCCAAUGGUAAAGAGGAUAGACCAAAUGCGGAAAGAUGUACCCAUAACAUUAUUAUAUGGAUCUAGGUCUUGGAUAGACCAUUCGGCUACUGACAUUAUAAAAAAUAAACGAAUUGAUUCGUAUUUUAAGCUGCAAGUCAUUACAGGGGCUGGUCACCAUGUUUACGCUGACAAACCGGAAGCUUUUAAUCAGAUCGUUUUAGAAGCGUGUUCACAUGCAGAUCGAUCAGUAAAAAAUAAACAUCUAGCUUUAAUGCCAUCGCAUGACGAGUCAGAAAAAACUGAGAGUGAUGCAGGUAGUCGAUCUAACCAGUGACAAUAAUAUUUAGUAAAUAGUCUAAUAUGUAUAUUAUAUGACUCAUAUUUCUUAACUCGUUAUUUUUUUCUCACUCCUGUUUUAAAGUGAACCUUGGCGAAAGUCAUUAAUUUAUUUUUUAAUCAAAGAAAUUUUGAGAAAUAUAUUUUUUGAUAUUAUUUAUUGAAUGAUUAAAAUUUUUUACUUAGACAUUUUAUGUAGGUGUAUAAAAUUUUAGUUUACUGGUUUAUGGAUACCUUUAAUUUUAGAAUCCUGUUGUUGCAGAUAUUUUGCUUGUUAAGCGCAAGCAGUAGGAAUAUUUAAACGUACAGGUAUUUAAAGUUGUGUAUUUUUAUAAGUCUAAAGGUAUUUAAAAAUAAUGUUAUAUGUAAUUUUAUAAGUGUGUAUAAAAAAUGUUGUGAUAAAUAAAUUUUAAACUGUUAAA